AAUUUGGUUGGUGGAGAAUAAAUGGGGAAAUGGAAAUGCUAAUUUUUUCUUUUUUUAAUUAAUUGAUGUAGAUCUACCCUAAGUCAACCCUCAAAUUCGAUCCAAUGGAUAAAGCACACCAGAUAGACGGUCGAGAUAGCGCCAAACUUAAACCACAUCAAAAUAUUUUACGGGGAUAAGUGAUGCAUUACUUCUACGCCAUACCGACGACAUUCUUCUCCCUUCUGCAUCCCAUCACCUCCGAGAGAUCCCGUCUCUUCUCUUCCUCUACUUUGCUCCUUUUUUUUCGCCGAAUUGGAGGAGAUCAAGAUCAAAUCCCGUGAAAUAGGUUUACAGUUUCAGGUAGCCACAAAUGGCUUCCAAAAGGAUUCUGAAGGUGUUGAAGGACUUGCAGAAGGAUCCUCCCACAUCAUGCAGCGCUGGCCCUGUAGCUGAGGACAUGUUCCAUUGGCAAGCAACCAUAAUGGGACCUGCUGACAGCCCCUUUGCAGGUGGUGUUUUUCUUGUGACAAUUCAUUUCCCCCCAGAUUACCCUUUCAAGCCACCCAAGGUUUCCUUCCGCACCAAGGUCUUUCAUCCAAAUAUCAGCAGCAAUGGUAGCAUUUGCCUUGACAUUCUUAAGGAGCAGUGGAGCCCAGCUCUUACGAUAUCAAAGCAUUUUGGAUGGCCUCAAAAAGGAUAGCGUGCACGGUGACAAUUUAGUGCAAGCGGACCCACCAAUCCACAAUUACUCCAGACGAACCCGGUCAAUGAAUCAGAUCCUUUGACAGGGCAAUGGACUGGAACUGCACGGAUGCAAGAAGAUAAGAUAGGACUGAUAAGUCCGUUUCAUGGGAAAUCAGAUCCUCACACGAGUCAGAAAAACACACUUCCCGGCACAUGGAAUCAUAGGCAUUGCAUGUCAAAAAAUCUGGUAGAUAUUUGUAAGCGCACCAGAGACAUCCCUGUUGCCUUUGGGAAGCUAUUUAUUCUGCUACCAUGUAGUAUCAUGGCUGAGUAAAAGUUACCUCAGUGCAGAACACGUAUUGGCCGAUGCGGUAAGUUAAGGGUGCAAUGCUGAUGGUAAAUCUAGUGCCUUCA